GAGGGGGCAAACCGGCAUGGCGCCGGCUGUCCCGGCCAAGAAACCACGCCCGGCAACCAGCGGGAGUGGUGGUGACGCUGGUGCUGACGCGGGAACGGCGGCAACGUCAGUUGCCGGAGAUGAACACAUCCCCAGCCAAGACCAGCAGGGUACUGGCCCGGGAACAGAGCCGGACACGGUUGACUCCAGCGCCGAGGCUGAAGCCUUCUGGGCGGGCGUCGCGCUUGGCCAGGCACCCUCGCGCGAAUCCGCCGACGGAGGCGGUGGAGAAGGAGAGGAAGCUGCCAGGGCGACGGAAGACGCCCCGGGAGGCGCCGCGCAGACGGCGCAACACGAGGUCCCGCUUAGACACUCUCGCUUCUUUUUAUUGUUCCUGCCAAUGGCGCUAAUUUUCUUUGUCAGUUCGGGGACUCGUAUGUGACUUCAGAACUCUACCUCUUCUGUUCCCACACAGAACAGUAGCUGUGAUCCAUGGGUCUGUUUCUCUGUCCGAUGUCUUCUCGGCACACGUGAGCCGGGCCCACACCAGGGCGGUCGAAUCAAUGUAGCAGCCAGUGCACGUAAGAGAAUAUAUGUCUAGGUCUCCUAGCUAGGUGUGGACUGUAGUACUACUG